AUGAGCUCUUCUUUGAGAAUCCGUUCCUUCAGCAUCGACGGUUGCGAUAUUCCCUUCUCCGAGUCUGGGAACACGUCGAGCAUCACAACAACUUCCGCAAACGAACCGAAUACUGGGCUUUCGUCUGCAACGAUAGGCGGAAUUGCUGCUGGCAUCACUUGCGGUGUGGCCUUGAUUGCAGCCGCGAUAUUUGCAUAUUGGUUCAGGCGGCGGCGCCUGAGAGCCACGCCUUCCGUCUCGGCAGAUAGCCACGGUCAUCCACCAAAUCAGCCAGCAGAGCUUCUUGGAGAGCAGAUCUUCGAGCUCAGCUCUCCGCGGGGAUUGGAAAUGCCAGCUGCAAAGGAGAAGCAGGAGAUGGCUACGAAGUCAAGCGUAGCCGAGUUACGCUCGAAGAGCUCGGUUCGAAUCGUCUUGCCGCAGGAGCUUGAAGGAGACCACCCCCAGACAUGA